CUCGUGCGUGCAGUGGUCCGCAGCGAAGCAUCUACCGCUGUGCGUCUUAUACACAAGCAACAAUGGCCAAUCAGGUCGCCGCGCGGUAUCUCUACAAGACUCGCCAGCUCACGUACAUCAGCCAGAUACGAAAGUUGAUGGCCUCAAAGUAUCUGAUGGAGCACGCAUAUCGUCUGGGGCACGCGUCCGUUAUCAAGGUGAAUCUGCACCUGCUAUCCACGGAGUCCCGCGAGGGGGGGGAAGCGGGGCCUCCGCUCAGCGUGAUGCUCGCCUCGCGCAGCUCCUCUGGGCCACUGGUGGCGCUUCCGACGCCACGUCUGGGCGCGGCCUGAAACACAGACGGGGGCCGGCGUCUUGGAGGAGCAGGGGUGCCCGUUUUGGGCAGGCUCUUGCUGGGAGGAAGGGCAUGCACGCCUUGUGCC